AUGGCCCUUGAAGCUGUGGUUUUCCCACAAGAUCCAUUUUCUUAUGGUUGCAAAGAUUACUUGUACUCCUUAUUAGGAGGAGGAAGUGCUGCUAGUGACUCAACCUGGAACAACGACUACGGUUUCCAAGCAACAGAAGAGAAAGCCAUUCUUGGAAUUAUCAACAAUAACAUAGAGCACAAUCUCCAUGCAAAUUGGGAUUCUUCUUCUUCCUCGGUGUUGCGAAAUGUCAAGGACCAAUGGGAUUCACACUCUUCCUCCCCAGAGGCUUGCACCGUUGAUCAAUCCAUGCCCCGAGCUGCUUCCCCUCUUCCUCCUUCCUCCACUGUGACCACCGCCGCCGCCGCUGCCGCCACAAGUCGGCGCAAACGACGUCGCACCAAAAGCGCAAAGAACAUGGAGGAAAUCGAGAACCAGAGGAUGACCCACAUUGCAGUUGAGCGCAAUCGAAGGAAACAGAUGAAUGAGUACCUCGCUGUGCUCAGAUCUUUGAUGCCUCCUUCUUAUGUACAAAGGGGUGAUCAAGCCUCUAUUAUUGGAGGCGCAAUUAACUUCGUGAAGGAGCUGGAGCAGCUUCUACAGUGCAUGAAGGGACAAAAGAAAACAAAGGAACAAGUUCAGGAGAAUUGCUCCAGUGCCUCCUCAGUCUCACCCCUUGCUGAGUUCUUCAUGUUCCCUCAGUACUCAACUCGUGCAACUCAGAGUAGCACAUCCUCGUACAUGGAACAGAGCCAGAACAAGAAUCAAUCAUGGGCCGUAGCAGAUAUAGAAGUGACCUUGGUGGAUAGCCAUGCCAACAUAAAGAUACUCUCAAAGAAACAACCUGGGCAGAUUAUGAAAAUGGUUGUUGGGCUACAAAGUCUUGGACUCGGCAUUCUCCACCUUAAUGUUACCACUGUGGACGAUAUGGUCCUUACCUCAGUUAGUGUAAAGGUAGAGGAAGGGUGUCAGCUGAACACGGUGGAUGAAAUUGCAGCAGCUGUGAAUCAACUAUCACGCACUGUCCAGGGUGAAGCUGCUUUCAGCUGA